GAAAGAAAACUAUUAGAUUUCGUGACACGGAAAUGAUGUAAAUGACGUUUUAAGUGACGGAGACAUAGAAAAGCGUGAAUAUGGAAUCAUCGGACGUGAGCAUCGAUGGUUUUGGCGAUGAUCAAGGCACGUAUAUUCCACGCGAAGUGGUUAUCGAGGAACAACCAGACAGUGAAGGUUCAUCUGCUUCAGGAUCUUCGUCUGAAGAUGAAGGUAGAACUGAAAGACCCAAAUCUGAUAUACCUCCUGAAUAUUGGCAUAUUCAAAAACUAGUUAAAUACUUAAAGACUGGCAAUCAGACAGCUACCGUUGUGGCACUUUGUUGCCUCAAGGACCAUGAUCUUACCACUGAGUUAAAUCAGCUAGCUAUUCAGGAAAUUGGAGGUUUGGAACUCUUAAUCAACCUCCUCGAAACCAAAGACCUGAAAUGCAAACUGGGCGCUCUCAGCGUUCUUACCGAACUAUCCCAAAACCAAGACAUACGCAGAUGCCUAGCAAAUCUCGGAGGAAUACCACUUCUGGUCAAAAACCUAACAGAACCGGCCAGAGACCUACAGAUCUUGGUUGCAGAGACCAUAUACAACGUGGCCCAGGUGAAGAAAGCCAGGAAGCAUAUCCGCCAGUGCAACGGGAUACCCAGGCUCGUGGAUUUUUUGGAUUGUAACGAGAUUCACUUGAAGACGCCCAAGGAUCAAUUGAGUGAGAACGAAUUGGGUCAAGUGGCUUUGGUUAGAGCAACAGCUAGGGCGUUGUGGUCGGUGUCUAGGAGUAAGAAGAAUGUGCAGGUGAUGAUGAAGAGUGGGUCGGUGCCAUUACUUGCCAAACUGUUGAAGUCUGUACAUAUGGAUGUUGUAAUACCAACAAUAGGAACCAUAGCUCAAUGCGCUAAUGACCCGAGCUACCAACUAGCCAUCCAGACAGAAGGAAUGAUCCGCGACAUAGUACGCCAUCUAUCUACCGAAGAGUAUCCAGAAUUACGAAGGUUCUGCGCAGAGACCAUCUUCAAGUGCUGCGAAAAGGCAACGUCUCGAGAGAUGGUUAGACAAGCUGGCGGAUUAGAUCCCUUGAUCAAUAUGACCAGAGAUCCGAAAACUAAGGAGGAUAAAGCAUUGUUGGCUGCAGUGACUGGGGCUAUAUGGAAAACGGCGAUAAGCCCAGAGAAUGUUGAACGUUUUGAUCAACUUAAAACGGUCGAAGUUUUAGUAAAACUUCUGGAAAACGUGGAAGAAGACGAACUGGUACUUAGCAAUGUCGUAGGGGCUCUAGGGGAAUGCCUAAAAUUCGAACACAACAGAAGCACAUUGCGCAGAGCAGAGGGUAUACCUCACCUAGUCAAUUUACUCAACUACACCUAUCCACCAUUAUUAGAGAAUGUCCCUAUGGUCCUUAGGGAAUGCGCAGAAGAUCCAGAAUCGAUGAGAAUCAUAGAACAACUUGAUGGAGUCAGGCUUAUAUGGUCUCUAUUAAGAAACGAAUCUCCAAAGGUACAGGCUAAUGCUGCCUGGUCUCUUGUUCCUUGUAUACAAAACGCCAUAGAUUCAGGAGAAAUGGUCAGAUGCUUUGUAGGUGGUCUGGAAAUCAUAGUAAACCUUCUAAAAUCCCAGGAUACGCAUGUUUUGGCCUGUGUUUGUGCCGCCAUCUCAGAAGUGGCGAAAGAUAUUGAAAAUUUGGCAGUAAUCACAGAUCAUGGUGUUGUACCGAUGUUGGCCAACCUGGUGGAAACAGAAGAUGUAGAGCUACGACAACAUUUAGCAUCAGCAAUCGCAUAUUGCUGCGCAUGGGGUUCAAAUUGCAAAAUGUUUGGAAGACUGGGUGCUAUCACACCGUUGGUCCAAUACAUGGCCGACACCAACCCUGAAGUACACAGAACAACAGCCCUGGCCCUGUUCCACUUGUCAAAAAACGCCUUUAACUGUAUCACGAUGCACGAAAGUGGAGUUGUACCUUUCCUGCUGAAAGCUGUUUCCUCCACAGACUGGAAACUGCAGGAAGCAGCCGCAGGAUGCCUCGCUAACAUAAGGAAACUGGCAUUGGAAGCAGAGACUGUGCAUUUGAUCAGGAACAAGCCUGAUAGUGCAAUCGAGGACGAUGAAGAUUUAUAAUUGAAAGACGAAGAAGUUUUAUAUAAUAAUAAACUAAUUUUU